UUUACGAAUUGUGUUUUAGGUAAUGAGGAGUACCUGAUUAAUCUGAUAGACUCUCCAGGACACGUGGACUUUUCCUCAGAAGUAUCAACCGCUGUUCGCGUUUGUGAUGGAUGCAUCAUUGUGGUAGAUGCUGUGGAAGGAGUCUGUCCACAGACACAGGCAGUUCUGCGACAAGCUUGGCUUGAAAACAUCCGUCCAGUUUUAGUGAUUAAUAAGAUAGAUCGCUUGAUAGUGGAACUGAAAUUCACCCCACAAGAGGCCUAUUCUCACCUCAAGAAUAUUUUAGAACAGAUUAAUGCACUCACAGGAACUCUUUUUACUUCUAAAGUCCUAGAAGAAAGAGCAGAGAGAGAGACUGAAUCCCAAGUGAAUCCACAUUCUGAACAAGGAGAGCAAGUAUAUGACUGGAGCACUGGCUUGGACGAUACAGAUGAUUCUCAGCUUUACUUCUCUCCAGAACAGGGAAAUGUGGUGUUUACCAGUGCAAUAGAUGGGUGGGGCUUUGGAAUUGAGCACUUUGCCAGAAUCUACAGUCAAAAAAUUGGCAUCAAAAAGGAAGUUCUUAUGAAAACCUUGUGGGGAGAUUACUAUAUAAAUAUGAAGGCUAAAAAGAUCAUGAAGGGUGAUCAGGCCAAAGGAAAGAAACCUUUAUUUGUACAGUUGAUCCUGGAAAAUAUAUGGAGUUUGUAUGAUGCUGUCUUGAAAAAGGACAAAGACAAAAUUGAUAAAAUAGUGACUUCUUUAGGAUUAAAAAUUGGAGCCCGGGAGGCACGACAUUCAGACCCUAAAGUUCAGAUCAAUGCCAUUUGCAAUCAAUGGCUACCCAUAUCCCAUGCUGUUCUUGCGAUGGUGUGUCAGAAACUUCCUAGUCCCCUUGAUAUUACAGCCGAGAGAGUGGAGAGACUGAUGUGCACAGGAUCACAAACCUUUGACUCUCUUCCACCAGAAACUCAAGCACUGAAAGCAGCUUUUAUGAAAUGUGGAAGUGAGGAGACUGCUCCAGUUAUCAUAUUUGUUUCCAAAAUGUUUGCAGUUGAUGCUAAGGCCUUGCCUCAGAAUAAGCCAAGGUAAGGGAAG